UUCUCCGCCUUCAGACCGUGGGGCGAGUGCGCUAUUCUGCCGCCGCCGCUGUCUCUUCUUCCUCUCUCUUCUAACUUCGCCGUUUCCACAACCUUCACUAUCUCGCUUCCGAGCUUUCGUCUUCUAGCCCCGCUUGAACAGGUUCCUGAACUCGCUUCUACCGUUUCAUUCAUCAUGUCCGACAAAGAAGGCGCCGCUCCCGCUACCGAGCACCUGAACAUUAAGGUGACUGAUAACAACAACGAAGUUUUCUUCAAGAUCAAGCGCACAACGCAGCUGAAGAAACUAAUGGACGCUUUUUGUGAACGUCAAGGAAAGCAAAUUUCCACUGUCCGUUUCCUAUUUGACGGCACCCGGGUUCGCCCCGAAGAUUCGCCCGAAACUCUCGAUAUGGCGGAUGGUGACACCUUGGAGGUCCACCAAGAGCAGAUUGGAGGUUGCUAG